GUUGCUUAAAUUCUAGUUGACAAACAAGUUCCGCGAGCGUACCGUACCUGUAAGAAAUUCAGGCGGUUCCGCGAGGUCGGCUUUGGAAAUUGCGCGACCAGCGGAGGUUGGGUGAAGUACUGAGUAGGGAGUGUAAAGGAACCCUAGAGCCACGCUUCUCGCUCGCCACGCCAAAACACCGCCAAGAAUGCCAUCCUUUCCUCGUCCCGGUUCUGUCACCAUCUGUGAAAUUAACAGAGAGCUUAUUACUGCUGAAAGCCUCCAAGACGACCGAGCCAAGGAAAGUUAUGGCAAAGCUCUUGGAGUUAUUUUUAGUCCAAUUCCAUUCCAGUCCAAUACUAUCUUGUCUACGAGUCCUGAUCACGGCACAGAAAGUGAGGCAAGAACUACAGAGACGAUGUCAAAUAAGGGUUUCUCAGUUGCAUUGCAGACGAUCUUUAGUGACGCACUCAGACGCCUUUUUCAUCCCACUGGCGUGCAAUUUCUACCAGAGGUUGAUCUCCAAGGAGUGAGUUGGCACCAACAUAAGCAUAUAUUGGCAUUUAUCUCUGGGCCCAAUCAGGUUAUCAUUUAUGAUUAUGAGGAUUCAGAGGGGAAGGAUCCUUGCAUUUUGAUGAAUGAAUCCCAACAAGAUGUUAAACUUCUCGAGUGGAGGCCAAAUGGCGGGAAGACACUUUCUGUAGCAUGCAAGGGUGGAAUUUGCAUCUGGGUUGCUUCUUACCCUGGCAAUGCAGCUUGUGUGAGAUCGGGAGUAGCCCCGUUAUCAGGCACUGUUUCUAGAGGCUCUGGAAUUCGAUGGAUACUUACGGACUUUCUUCGAAGUCAUAACAAUGAACAAAUUAGUGCAAUGGCAUGGUGUCCUAAUGGAAGAUAUUUGGCAUCUGGAUCAUAUGAAAGCUCUUCAUUCACCAUAUGGGAUGUUGCUCAAGGACUAGGGACACCCAUUCGACGAGGGUUGGCUGGUGUAUCAAUGCUAAAGUGGUCACCCACUGGAGAUUAUUUUUUUGCUGCAAAAUUUGAUGGAAAAUUCUAUCUGUGGGAGACAAACACGUGGACGUCGGAACCAUGGUCUUCAACUAGUGGCUUUGUUACAGGAGCAACUUGGGAUCCUGAUGGACGUAUGAUACUGAUUGCUUUCUCUCAGUCUUCAAUUUUAGGUUCACUUCACUUUGCAGCAAAGCCUCCAUCAUUGGAUGCGCACCUAUUACCAGUUGAUUUGCCCGAGAUAGCAUCCUUGACAGGCAGUGAGGCGAUUGAAAAGAUCUCCUGGGAUGCUUCUGGAGAAAGGUUGGCUUUGUCAUAUAAAGGUGGAGAUGAAUUGUACAAGGGCCUUGUUGCCGUAUAUGAUGUGAGAAGAUCUCCACUGAUUUCUGCUUCCCUCAUUGGGUUCAUUAGAGGGCCUGGAGAGAAUCCGAAACCAAUAGCAUUUUCGUUUCAUAACAAGUUCAAAGAAGGACCAUUGCUCAGUGUGUGCUGGAGCAGUGGAUUUUGCUGUACCUAUCCUCUUAUAUUUCAUUCUCACGUGCUUCCAUAGUUAAGGACAUAAGCUUGUUAUCACAUCAAUGUUGAAAUGCACUUGUAAUUUUGCCAGCGCCCUUGGAAGUUUUAAUAUGAUAAACCACAUACAAUCCUUGAGUUAUUACGGAUGAAGGCCCCUCACUGAUUUAAAAUGAGGUAUAUAUGGGAAGGUUUCUUAUUAUUGUCACAUUCAAGUUCUGCUUUUCUUCUCUGAAAGGUAUGCACUUUAUUUCCGUUAGGUGGACGGUCUGCUUUCCGACAGAGGGUGCUGCUAUGGUGGACUUGGCUUGUGUCUUAAAUCUUCCUCUGGUUGAAGAGCUGUCUUUCCCUGCUGCCAGAAUGCCACCAUAAUUAGUUUAUGUUGGAAAGUUCAUGUACAAGGGUUUUGGGAUUCGUUUCUCGUUGAUUGGUGCUCAGUUUUAUUCUGCUCAUCCAUUUUUAUGUUCUUUUUGAGUAUGAAAAAUUCAGAUGGCAGGUUUCUGUUUCUUGUUGAUUGUUAGAAGUGAGUCGAUUGGCUA